CUCGAACAAAAUGUCAUUUGACAGUUAAAAAAAAAGGAAAUAGCUGUAAACAAACAAUGGAUGGAUGAUCAGUUAGAAAUUAAUUCCUUAAAAUAUAUCAUGAGACGUUUACCUCUUUGGAAAAUCGUAGUUUUACUGGGUUUUAGUUUUGUGAUAAUUUAUUUAUACUCUUGGAUUAGUAAUGAUGGUGUGAAGAGCUUUGUAAAUAGACCUCGGGGUACAGCGAGCACUAAAUUAUUAACGUUAAGACCUCAAAGUACUAUACCUCAGAAGACUACCAUAAACAGGAUUGUUUUGUCGUUCGUUGUGUGUGACUCAAGAUUCAACGAAUCCCUGAAUGUGGUUAAAUCCGUGUUACUGUUUACUAAGACUCCUGUGCUCUUCGUCAUAUUCACAGACGACAAUCUUAAAUUGAAAUUCAAUGACACUCUGAGCAACUGGAGAGUGCUAACUGACUACCAGCUUGAUUUUGAGCUCCACAGCAUUAACUUCCCUGAGGAACAUGUCGAUGAUUGGAUGAACUUAUUCAGCAAGUGUGCUGCGCAACGAUUAUUUAUACCGAAACUGAUUACCCACAUAGAUGCCAUGAUCUAUGUUGACACUGAUACCCUGUUCCUGGGCCCUGCCGACGAGUUGUGGCGCAAGUUCUCCCUGUUCAACAUCUCACAAAUAUCUGCCAUGGCUCUGGAAAAUGACAAUCCUAAUGUGUCUUGGUAUCCUAGAUUUGCUAAGCAUCCAUUUUAUGGGAAGUAUGGGCUAAAUUCAGGUGUGAUGUUAAUGAACCUGACAAGAAUGAGGGACUUUGCUUGGGUUGACUAUGUAACCCCAAUUAUGCUUAAAUGGAAAUUGUACAUACCAUGGGGCGACCAGGAUAUAAUAAACGUGAUAUUCCACUACCACCCCCGGGCCGUGCUGGAGCUGUCGUGCCGCUACAACUACCGCACGGACCAGUGCAUGUACGGCGACGCGUGCCCGGACGCGACCGCCGGGGGCGUGUUCCUCCUGCACGGCAGCAGGAAGGCCUUCCACGCGCACAAGCAGCCUGCUUUUGAGGCAGUAUACCGGGCCGUCGAGGAGUGGUCGGUCGGCUUGGACCCCUCCGACUUGCCGGCCAUCCUCGAGCGCUACCUCACGGAGGCCCCGCCCUCGCUGUGCGGCAACCUCAAGGACGCCUUCCUGAAGGUCCCCACGGCCACAAUAGCCAAGCUGCACAGGAAACCCGACAGGUAGCGAUUUCAUCUUACGAAGUUGAAGAGCGAAGGGACCAUGACAACGAAGUGAAUAACUAAGACUAGAUUGGAGGUAAGGUUGGAAAAUGAUCUUUAAAAGUUAUCAUUAGUAGAGUUGGAUCGAAUCCGUAACUCGGUGCCUUUAAAUAAUAUUACAAGUUUACAACGAAUUACGUAUUCUUUUGACUAUAGUAGAAAUGCUGCCUAAUUAUUGUAAGGAUAUACUGACGUCCCAAUCGGACCCGAUUGGUCAGCUAGUACCGAACGAACAAAUUACAGGUAUCAUAGUUUAAUAAGGUAGUUUCAGUUGCUUAACAUUACAUUAUGAGUGACACGAAACCGCCGCCUAAAUGCUGCUCCAUACAAUCGAUGUUAAGGCCCCUGUACCCAGUGGGCCAGCGCUGGCCAGUCCAAGGGAUGCAGCCAUGCGGUAGAAUGAGAUAACAAUAUCACUUGCUCCCUCUAACGCAUAAAUGCGUCCCCCCGACUCGCCCACACUGGCCCAUUGUGUACAGGAGCCUUUACGCUAUCAUUAACGUGACAUAUAUCUUUGUGUGGUACUACUUUUAGUUGCUGAAAAAUGGUAUAGAAACAUUGACGUAUUAUAUCUAAGGACGGGCCUCACGGGCACUGAAAAUGCUACUAGUUCAGCGGUGUCACUCACGAAUUCGAGCCAAUCGUGCAGUCUAACGCAACUAGUUGCGACAUAUCGCGCGCGUGAUGCGGACUCAUCAACCAAUCGCGUUGUAGCGGUGUCUCACUUCUGUACUGGCCCCAUUCAUGCCACAUUCUUAUUGCCCGUAAGGCCAGAUAUACGUCCUUAGAUAUACGUCAAUGUAUAGAAACAAAACAAAGCAAAUAUCACUUUUGUAUGUAAAAGUUCUGCUCCCUUUAAUUUCGUUGUAUGUAUUACAAUUUCUAGCAAUGAAAACUAGUACCAGACAUAUAAUAUAACGACCGGUCUGGCCUAGUGGGUAGUGACCCUGCCUGUGAAGCCGAUGGUCCUGGGUUCGAAUCCCAGUAAGGGCAUUUAUUUGUGUGAUGACACAGAUAUUUGUUCCUGAGCCAUGGUUGUUUUCUAUGUAUUUAAGUAUUUAUAUAUUAUAUAUAUCGUUGUCUGAGUACCCACAACACAAGCCUUCUUGAGCUUACUGUGGGAUUUGGUCAAUCUGUGUAAGAAUGUCCUAUAAUAUUUAUUUAUUUAUUUAUUUAUAUGUA